ACAUGGCGUCACACGGGGCACACGCUAAAACAAUAAAAACCGAGCGGCUGGUCGUAGAAGGCCAGUUCGGCUUGUGGGCUUCAGGGAACAAGAGAGAAAAUCUAGUACUUAAGAUCUAAACACAAUGGCGGUCGCCGAUCUGCUCACGCCCACGGGCCUCUUUUACUACCUCCUGGUGCCCACCGUCAUCCUGUGGUACGCCUACUUCCGCUACUCGCGCAGACGCCUCUAUGAGCUCGCCGCCAAGAUCAACGGACCCGAUGGUCUGCCCCUUCUCGGUUCCGCCCUCGACUUCACCGGCAACGCCCACCAGGUCUACAAGACUGUCUGGACCAGGUCCCAGGACUACGACAACGAGGCCCCCAUCAAGCUGUGGAUCGGACCCCGUCUGCUCGUCUUCCUGCAGGACCCCCGUGACAUUGAGCUGAUCCUGGGCAGCAACGUGCACCUCGACAAGUCCCCCGAGUACCGCUACUUCGCCCCCUGGUUCGGCAACGGCCUGCUCAUCUCCACCGGCGACCACUGGAGGAGCCACCGCAAGCUCAUCGCCCCCACCUUCCACUUGAACGUCCUCAAGUCCUUCAUCGACCUGUUCAACCACAACAGCCGUGGUGUGGUCGAGAAGCUGCGCAAGGAGAUUGGCCAUGAGUUCGACGCCCACGAGUACAUGUCCGAGGCCACCGUCGAGAUCCUGCUCGAGACCGCCAUGGGUGUGAGCAAGAAGGAGCAGCAGUCCGGCUUCGAGUACGCCAUGGCCGUCAUGAAGAUGUGCGACAUCCUCCACCUUCGUCACACCAAGUUCUGGCUCCGCCCCGAGACCAUCUUCCGCUUCACUAAGUACUUCGGCGAGCAGAAGCGCCUGCUCGGCAUCAUCCACGGUCUGACCAAGCGCGUCAUCGCCAACAAGAAGCUCGAGUUCAACAAGGGAGUCCGCGGCUCCCUCGCCAACUACCCCGGCAUGAAGCCCGUCGCUGAGACUGAGACCAAGGCCAGCAAGAGCACCAAGGUUACCGAGGACACCGGCAUGUCAUACGGACAGAGCGCUGGUCUUAAGGACGAUCUGGAUGUUGAUGACAACGAUGUCGGUGAGAAGAAGCGUCUGGCUUUCCUCGACCUGCUCAUCGAGUCUGCCCAGAACGGCGUUGUGCUCACCGACCAGGACAUCAAGGAGGAGGUCGACACCAUCAUGUUCGAGGGUCACGACACCACCGCGGCCGGAAGCUCCUUCUUCCUGUGCAUGAUGGGUGCCCACCCCGACAUCCAGGACAAGGUCGUCGAGGAGCUGGACCAGAUCUUCGGUGACUCCGACAGGCCCGCCACCUUCCAGGACACCCUGGAGAUGAAGUACCUCGAGCGCUGCAUGCUGGAGACCCUCCGCAUGUACCCACCCGUGCCCAUCAUUGCCCGCCAGCUCAAUGAGGAAGUCAAGAUGGCCUCCAACGGCUGCAUUGUGCCCGCCGGGUGCACCGUCAUCGUCGCCACCGUCAAGCUCCACCGCAACGAGACGAUCUACCCCAACCCCACCGUCUUCAACCCCGACAACUUCCUGCCCGAGAAGUCCGCUGCCCGCCACUACUACGCAUUCGUGCCCUUCAGCGCUGGCCCCAGGUCUUGCGUCGGCCGCAAGUACGCCAUGCUCAAGCUCAAGAUCCUCCUUUCCACCAUCCUCCGUAACUACCGCGUCAAGUCCACCGUCCCCGAGAAGGACUACCAGCUCACCGCCGACAUCAUCCUCAAGCGCGCCGACGGCUUCAAGAUCGCCCUCGAGCCCCGCAAGAGGUCCGGCGUGAGCGUGAGCCCCAGCACCGCCACCCCCGUCCGCGCCUAGGCCCUGGACCCCGUCCGGGACCCGAGUGCGGCGCGUCGUGAUGCGCCGUGUGUGAUAAGUGCCUUGUAUUUAGCGGAGGAUCUAUGUGUAAAUUAGGUUGUAUUUAUUUAAAUUAGUCGCCCUUUAUGUAUGUGUAUUUAGUGCCAUCCGUCUUGUGUCGUUUGUCCCGCGGUGUCCCGCGCGGCGGGCGGCGACGACGAUAUCAAUGUACAUUCUGAGGUACCAAACAAUAAACCAAUACAUAGUGAUACAAAA